AUGUUUUGUAGCGAGGAAGUGCCAGAGACACCUUCCAGCCCUGUCGAGUCUGAGGGUGAGGAUGAAGCUCCCGGCUCCUCCGACGGCAGUCGCGAGGCCACCGAGAAGCCCCCUCCAGAUCUCGCCUCCCUCGCCGUCCCAGGCUUUUUCAAGAACCUGGGAGCUCAUCCCAACCUCAAGGGCCUGCCUGGUCUCGACUUUGAGAUCCCAUUUGCUUCGCCGAUCCUAGGGAUGAAGUAUUCCGGCCUCAUUGGCCAUAUGCUCCUUCCCUACUACGACAAAAGGGCCAAUUAUACCCACAGCAGACUUGUGCACGUCGGCGAACGGAUCAAGCAAGUCAUGGUCAUUGCGAUUCGAGUCUUUGAGGAUAACCCAAAGAUGAACACGUUGCGCGAUCUUUACGAGGAGACCUUCAAGGUUCUCCGGGAGGUUGAUGCCAGCUGGGACUUCCCUUCCUCGUGGCAGAAGUCCCGGGCCGUCCUUACGAAGAUCGUGACCGCCCGGAAGAGAUACCUCGAGAAGAAUGACGGCGUCACUAAGACCCGUGAAGAUCUCCUCCCGUUCCUCAAGGCCAUUGACAGGUUCCUCGAGCGGGUCGAUCCGAACGUUCUGGAGUCUAGAUCAGAGGCGAGCAAGGCUCAGGAUGGCGCAGAGUACCGCAACCUGAAGCGUUCCUCGCUCGGCGAUGGAUCUGAUGAGGUCUCAUCCCAAAAGAAGGCGCGUGUGUAUAAGGCGGAUGAGAUCCCGUCCAAGCUGUCCGAUGACGAGAUCGAAGUCUUGAACGCUAAGACCAGGGACCUCGAGAAGAGACUGCAGGAGUCCGAUGCGAAGUGGUCCAGCCAUGUCAGUCAGAUCUGGGGAGUGGCACGGCCUUUCAUCAACGGAGGCAUCAAGGCCCAGGGCCAGGGAGAGAAGGAGUGGGAGGAAGACCAGCUACAGGGAUUCCUUCGAGGUAACGGUCUUGUCAAUAUUGCCAAGGAGUUGCUUGGUGUUGAGCGUGUUGCUCAGGAAGAUAUCAGCUCCUCUGUUGUGGUCAAGGGAAUUCGAGACUUGAAGUUAUCUUGA